AUGAAGGCUGCACUCCUGUUGGCAAUCCCGGUUCGAAGACUAUUCUCUUCUCCCGAGCCACUGUCGAUGAAGGUCGAUCUCUUUAACGACGCAUCUCGCAACUCGACCAAACUCCCAGGAUUCGGCAGUUUAUUCCUUUUCCUCGGUCUCGUUACAAAUUGCCAGGCAUAUUGGCUUAUGGCAGCCAAUAAUGUUUUAACAACACAGCGGAUCGAUCCCGUCGUCGACCCAGGCCAGGUUUCUACGCAUGUGCACUCAAUCCUUGGAGGAAGCAACUUCGGACUCAACACGUCGACAGCUGCCUUGAGGUUGAGCGAAUGCACGUCAAUCCCCGUUCGCGAGGAUAAGAGCAACUACUGGUACCCGAUUUAUCGUUCCGCAAGACUACUUGUUCAGCGAUACGCCUGGGACGACAACGGCCUUUCCAGAAGAUGUGACCCGACACUAAGAACCUUCGAUCCGUCCAGUUUUGCUCAGCAUGCUGUCACGUUCUUGUGUCUUAAUUUCAAUGGAGUAUCUGCACGCUUCGAUGAGCUUCCGGGACACCGAUGUCCUUCUGGAAUUCGCUCCCAAAUCAAUUUCCCUAGCUGCUGGGAUGGUGUCAACAUAGACUCUGUGGAUCAUCAGUCUCAUGUGGCCUUCCUGUCUAGUGGUCCUGAUAACGGAACAUGCUCAGAUCCACGAUUUCCCAAGACUCUGCCCCGUAUUUUCCUGGAGGUUUAUUGGUAUACCCAAGCCUUCGACGAGUCCAGACGACACGCAAAAGUGCCCAGUCAACCUUUCGUAUUUUCGAACGGCGAUCCGAUAGGUUACUCAUAUCAUGCAGACUUCAUUAAUGGAUGGGAUGUCGGCGUUCUUGAAGGUGCCGUCAACGAAUGCAACUGCAAUCCUUACGGAGAUCCCUCUUGCUGCAUAGCCAAAGGAAUCUUCAGCAUGAACCAAUUCAAUAGAUCCUACAUCAGCAAUAUUGUGGACGAGCUGACACUCGGUUCGCUGGAUGCGCUACCUGGAAACAACCCAGUGCAGGCCCACUGUUACGAAACCUUCGUCGACCCCGUCACGCCUGCGCUCUUAUCCCCCGUAUAUGCCCUCCAUUCAACUGACCAGCCACCACCUCGUGGUACCGUAAGUCUAUCCGCACAGACGGCCAUUGUCUCCCAAACAGCUACAGGGAGAUGCAUUGGCAAUAGGGCAAGGGGCCUCGCGCCAAGCGGUGUGAUGGCCAUCUUGAGUGCCCUUAUUCUCUUGUCCGUGCGGCCGCUCAUAUAA